CAAAAAGAAAAAAAAAAGAAAAAGAAAAACAAGAAACCCAGAAUUAAAGUAAAAUACAUGAUUGAUGAAAGACAGAGGGGGGUCUAGCUACGCCUGAUUUAAAACUAUACUUUGAGGUGGCAGCACUAUUGUGGGCCAAAGAUUGGGCAAAACUUGAAAAUAGCAAAAUUUUUGAAUCUGAAGGGAAUAGACCUGAGAUUAGGGUGGCACUCUUAUCUCUGGUAUGAAAAGAGAUAGAAAAUAAUUUCGUUUUAUAAGGUCCUCAAUUCUUAAGAUAUGGGAGAAAUAUAAAAAAAAGUUAUAUGAAAAACACCAUUAUGGAUAUCACCAUUAGAGGCCUCCCAAAGAAGAAGAAUAGGGUGGGAAAAUUGGCUCAAAUAUAAAGAUCUAUUAAUAAUAAAAAAUGGGAAUUGGGCACUAAAAACACAACAGGAAAUGAAUAAAUUAGAUAAAAAUAUUUCCUGGUUUCAAUAUUAUCGCAUAAGGAGGGGUAGAUUUGGGCCCAUCUUAGUGUUAAAGUCUCCUCCCAAAAUGACAGAAGCAUUUGAGUUCAGCAUUGAGAUCACCAACAUAGAUUUCCAAAUCGGAUCACUGGGCUCUGAUUUGUGGUUUCCUCUUCAGUGGGGGCAUAUAUACAUUAACUACUAGCAGCGUGUGAUGUUGGAAUUGGAUCAACAUUGCUAUUGCACUCUUUUUAGAUGGAGGUAGGGGUCUAGUGCAGGGCUCAUAUAAUCCAGUUCAAAGCAGAUAUCCUGGGCAGUGUGGAUCCAGCCUGAGAGAAAUAGAAUGGGUGCGAGGGAAAGAGAGAGGGGGGGGAAAUAAGAAAAAACCUAGAGGCACUCCAAGUGGCCAGAUAUUAGUCAAAGGACAUUUAGUCGAAUGCCAAAUUUUUCAACUUUUUGUUUUUAAAUACACUACAACUUGUACCCUUGGUUCGCCUCUGACAGGAUAGAUAAAAAAAUAUGUGGCAGUGGAGGCUCAUAUAAUCCAGUUCAAAGCAGAUAUCCUGGGCAGUGUGGAUCCAGCUUGAGAGAAAUAGAAUGGGUGCGAGGGAAAGAGAAAGGGGGGAAAAUAAGGAGGAAUGUGAGACAGGAAAAGCGAAAGAAAUGUGUGUGCAGGAGAAAAAAGAAUGUGAAAGAAUAAAACAGAGGCAGGACAGAGAGUGAAGGAAUGGGAGAGGAGAAAUGAGAAAAAAAAGAGGGAAAAAAGGAGACACAUAAACACAGAGAGAGAGAGAAGGGGGUGGGAGGAGAGGCCUGUGUCCUCAAAGCGGGUGGGGCUCUGCUUCCCUGAGGGAGCCCUCCUUGUUUGCGCGGGAAAUGGCCGCCCGCUGCCUCCUGACCUUCCUCCUCCUCCUCUUCCUCGUCGUCUUCUUCUUGGCGGGAGCUUCAGCCCAAGGGACGGCCGCAUGUCCCUCAGCGGCCUGGAUUUCAUUCAGAAAUAGCUGCUACACUUUACUUCAGGGACCAUUGGAAACUCACAGUAUCGACGAUGCCAGAGAGUACUGCAAAGGCAACGCCUCUGGAGCUGAUAUUGUUAGCAUAAAUAACGAAGACGAGAAUACCUUUAUCCAAGAUAGUUUCCACACUCGUUGGCAUGGCCCUGAAUAUAUAUCAUUGGGCAUGUUUUUUGACACAGACGAUGAUGCUUUCAAAUGGUAUGAUCAAUCCAACGUGAAUUUUACAAACUGGAUGAAGGAGGAAAACAAUGAGGAACUCCUUGACACCUGUGCCACAAUGCAUACUACCUCAGGUGGAUGGAAAAAAACAACUUGUGAGCACCUCCCACUGACUCAGAUCCUCUGCGAAAAUGCAAUUCUAUAUGAAAAGGAGUAUUUACUAGAGAAGAAAGCCUGGACAACUGCCUUAGUCAUAACUUCAACAAUCAUUGUGGCGGUGUUUGCAGCCUUUCUCUGGUUCCUUUACCAAAGGAGGAUUUCUCUUGCAACAAGAUGUACUGUACACAGUUCGGCCAUUUGUGUGCCAUCAAACAGUGAUGAAGAGGUUCUUAUAGAAGAGGAACAUGAAUAUAUUGCCUGAACUGCACUCAUUUAGAAUACAGAGUUACAGAAAAGUCCAAGAGCAUAUUUUGUGAGCAAUUAACAGAAACGGCUACACCUUGGUUGUUCUUCAAAUAUUAAUGCAAUUGGUUUUCCUAGUUAAUUUUCUAUCUAUGCAACUUUGAUAUUUUUCUACAAAUUGCACUUUAUUUUUCUAAUUUUUUUACUAUGCCAAUGGCCUCACUGAGGCUUAGACUAGCUAUUUGUGUUUGUGCAUGCUUUUUAAAAUAUAUAUUUACAUAGUGGGAACUUUGGACCAGUGAAUUCCACCAACAGUGGAUUUUCAUAGCCCGUAUUAUUAAAUGGCAAUGACAGGAAUGCAGACACACUGAAGCAUGUGGGUUCACAUCACUGCCAUUUAUUAAUAUGGGGAGGGAUUAGGUAAAGGUUUUCCCCUGACAUUAAGUCUAGCUGUGUCUGACUCAGGGGCUCAUCUCAAUUUCUAAGCCAGAGACACCUCCAAGGUCAUGUGGCUGGCAUGACUGCAUGGAGCGCUGUUACCUUCCCACCGGAGCAGUACCUAUUGAUCUACUCACGUUUGCAUGUUUUUGAACUGCUAGGUUGGCAGAAGCUGGGGCUAACAGCACUCAUCCAGCUCCCCGGAUUUGAACCACCAACCUUUCAGUCAGUAAAUUCAGCAGCUUAGCCAUUUAACCCACUGUGCCACCGGGGGCUCUGGAGAAGGAUUAUCCAUGGUUUUUUUUCAUGUCAACACAGGAUCCCAGAAACCAACUCCCAGGGAUGUAGAGCAUCAUGUUUCACCCAGCAUUAAGCUCUUGCAGGAUGUUAAAACACCUUAAGAUUUCCUUCAAGCACAGAAGUGAUAGUACCAUGGUAUCAGAGGAUGUAUGCAUAGACCUAAUAUAAUUAUUAGUAUCAGAUGGAAAGGCCCAGUAAACCAACAGCUGAAUCAUGAAUCAACAUGAUAAAUACAAAUGAUUAAGUGGAUCUAUUUGAGUUUGGAAUAAAAGAUUCAGACCACUUGCUCCUAUUUCAGCAGUCCUUGUUCUGAAGAGCAUUCACAGAAUCCAGAGUUGGAAAAGACCACAAAGGUCAUCCAGUCCAACCCCCUGCCAUGCAAGAAAAGCACAAUCAAAGUACCCCUGACAGAUGGACAUUGCCUCUACUUAAAAGCCUCCAGAGAAGGAGACUCCACUACUCUGCGAGGCAGCAUACCCCACUGCCAAACAGCUCUUACAGUCAGGAUGUUUAGGUAGAAUCUUUUUUCCUGCAAUUUGAAUCCAUUGCUCUGUGUCCUAGUCUGCAAAGCUGCAGAAAACAAGCUUGCCCACCCCUCAAUGUGACAUCCUUUCAGAUAUUUAAAAAUGGCUGUCAUGCCCCCUCAGUCCUCUUUUCUCCAAGCUAAACAGAACUAUUUCAUUCAGCUGCUUGGUUUCCAAUCUUUGGUCAUUUUGGUUGCCCUUCUCUGGACAUGCUCCAACUUGUCAACAUCUCUCUUGGACUGUGGCACCCAGAAUUGGAUGUAGUAUUAUUACAAGUGAGGCCUGAUCAAAGCAGAACAGAGGGGCACCAUGGCUUCCCUUGAUCUUUACAUUAUACUCCUUUUGAUACAGCUUAAAACAGUGGUUCUCAGCCUGUGGGUCCCCAGAUGUUUUGGCCUUCAAUUCCCAGAAAUCCUAACAGCUGGUAAACUCGUUGGGAUUUCUGGGAGUUGUAGAGCAAAACACCUGUGGACCCACAGAUUGAGCAACACUGGCCUAGAAUCACAUUGCCAUUUUUAGCUGCUGCACCACAUUGUUGACUCAUAUUCAGCUUGUGGUCUAUUAAAACUCCUAAAUUCCCUAUUACAGAUCUCUCCCAAUUUGGUGUCUUUAACAGAUUUGAUAAGCAUGCCUUCUGUUCCGUCUUCCAAGUCAUUGAUAAAGAUGUUGAAUAGCUCCGUGCUCAGGACAGAUCCCUGGGACACCUCACUGGUCACUUCUCUCCAGAAUGCACCUUUUGAGUUCAGCCAGUUAACUUAUUCUCAAUCCAUCUCACAGUAGCAUUGGCUGGCACACAUUUUAUUAGCUUUGUGAGAACCCUAUCAAGUGCCUUACUGAAACUGAAAUAGGACAUAUCUGCAGCAUCCCUUUCUUCUACUAAGCUAUUAACUUUAUCAAAAAAGAUACAUGACUUGUUUUUGAAAAACCCAUGUUAACAUUUUCAGUAUGGGAUGCCUUUUUACACAUCACAGAUUGCCUCCUUAAUGUGCUGCUCCAGAAUCUUUCCUGGUAUUGAUAUCAAGCUGACUGAGUGGGGAUUGUGUGGCUCAUCCCCCCCCCCCCCCCCCGUUUUUCUGUUGUUUUUUUUUGUUUGGAACAUGGGUACAUCAUUUGCCUUCCUCCAGUUUGCUGAACCUUCUCCUGUUCUCCAGGAAUUCUCAAAGGGAAUUGCCAGGAAUUCUGAAAUGACUUCUGCCAGUUCUUUUAAUUCCCUUGAAUGUUUAGUAUUGUACUUUCAUUCUUUCUAAAUACCAGCAUUUUAGUCACAGGCUAGAUGUGUAAAAACUUCAAAACUUGCAUCCUAACUAUUAAAUCAAAGGCUGUGAAAAGCCUACUUCAGGUACUACUUGUCUGGUAGCGCUAUACUGAACACAGUUCAAUAUCAAUCUAUUAUCACAAUCUCUAUUUUGUGUAUUUGGUACCAUUAAAUAAAAUGUUGUCUACUUUAA